ACAGGACAUAGUGGAACAUCUCCAUCCGAGGUAAGCUGGCUCGCAGCUCGUCCACUACCAAUGCACGAGUUUAGUCACUGGUCGCUCCUCGCGUUCGCGUUCGCGUGUAUCAGACCUCGAAUCAAUGGAGCUCAGCCGCGGCCAUAUGAGCCGUAGCAUUUCCUGUCUCCCUCAGACCUGUCCAAAUCACUCCAUCUCACAUAUCUCUGUGCCCUAACUCCCAGUAUUUCCAUCAUGGCUGAGCAGUAUACCCUCUAUUACCAUGACUACUCCCUCUGCGCGAACAUGGUCCGAUUCAGUCUGGCCAUAGCUGGCGAGCCGAGGGACGCUUCCUCGGAAAUGCAAGUCGAGGAAAAAGCCGUCGAUAUCUUUAGAGGCGCCGAGCAGCUGGAAGAAUACUACCUCUGCCAUAUCAAUCCCAAGGGACAAGUACCCGCUCUGGCCUCAAAGGCUCUGCCUAAACCGAUGGCGGAGUCUUUGGAUAUGACGCUUUACAUUGCGGAGCACUAUCCUGCGCUCAUCCCAGAGGCACAUCAUCGCGAGACUACAGCAUGGCUGCGGGAGCUGCACGGCCUGAACUACUUCGCUCUAUCCUUUGGAGACAGGCCUCAGCAGGCUCAGGCUAUGGUGAAAGCCAUCCAGGCGCGCCUCGGCCAGGACGGCAUCAGCCCCGAAUACCGAAAAGCCCUGGAGUACAAGCUCGAGGUCACGAACAAGGAGAAGAUACAGGCCAUGGCUCCAGCCGCUCGUGCAGCGAACGAGGAGCGUGCGAAAGAUAUCGCGGCCAAACUCGAGUCAACCCUACAGAGCGGUAAGCAGUGGCUGUUUGGCAGCGAUCGACCGUCUGCACUAGACGCGCAUUUGGCUGUCUAUCUCGCUCGUUUGCGCGAUGUGAAGCGCGAGGAUCUCAUCCCUGGACGACUGGGGACGUAUCUUGAGCACGCCAUGUCGAUGCCGGAGUGGGAGCAGGUGAUGCAGGGUAGGAAGACAAUGCCUGGUAUCUAAACACGGUUGAACGAACAUUAGUACACCCGUGCAGGGUUUCGCUAUCCUGG